CAAUUUCCCUCACGCCCACAGUGGCGUCCUAAGCGGCCAACACAUUGGUUGCUCCGCCGCGUCCAAAGCGUAAGAUGUAAGUAUUUUCAUUGCCGCCUCCACAACUAACCUAGCGCUAACACUCCAUUACUGCACCUCAGAAAUUUUUUCAAACACUAAUUUCUUCAGUUUUGUGACCACACACUUCAGUUAAAAGCCUUAGAUACCACCAUUAUAAAAAUAAAGAGACAAUCUUGAAAUAUGAUUAUCUUUGUAAAUCCCAAUUUUAGCUUAAGCCCACUCUCUUUAACUCGUAGUCCAUCAAAAACAGCGCACAAAAUCCAUUCGUCUAUCAUCAGUUCAAUUAUCUCCAUGACCCAUAAACCCAGAAGAAGCUGUGAUUACUACGAUUUGCAUAAAGAGCUGAUUCCAUAUUUAGAGGCGUGGACAUGGCAAAAGGCCAUAGUUAAAGAGAGAAAACCAUUGAUUGAAAAGCAGGAAGAUUUUUCUGAUACUUUGAUUAUUUUGCAACACCAGCCAGUUUACACAUUGGGCACUGGUAGUUCAGAAGAAUACUUGAAUUUUGAUGUAAAGAACGCUCCUUUUGAUUUGUAUCGAACUGAACGCGGUGGCGAAGUAACAUACCAUGGGCCUGGUCAGCUAGUUAUGUACCCCAUUAUCAAUCUCCGAUAUCACAAGAUGGAUCUUCAUUGGUACCUCAGAGCGCUUGAAGAGGUUGUCAUUCGAGUUCUUUCUGCGACAUUUUCUAUUGAUGCAUCACGAGUUGAUGGCCUAACUGGUGUUUGGGUUGGAGACCAGAAAUUAGCAGCCAUUGGAAUAAAAGUAUCACAAUGGAUAACUUUUCAUGGAUUGGCACUAAAUGUCACUACAGAUAUUGCACCCUUUCAUCAGAUAGUGCCAUGUGGGAUUCGGGAUAGUAAAGUUGGAAGUAUAAAGAGGUUGCUAAGAGAAAAUUUGUCGUUAGACGGACAUAGAGCAGCAAAUAAUGAUCACACUGAUGACAGCAAGUUGAUCGACAUCGCGUAUAAAUCAUUAAUUAGGGAGUUUUGUGAUGUUUUCCAAAUUGAUCUGCAGCCUAAAUUUGCAUCAUUCGAUGUUUUUCAUGGAAGCUAACACGAAGGAUCAGCUCAGAAUUUGUGGAGCAGCAGCCUUCAAAAUUCACAUGUAUAAUCCUAUUCUUUCUCACUGCUAUAUGCUUGUAUUCUUCUAAUUGUAUGAAUAAUUUAUCGGUACAUGAAUCCAGACACAACAUUUCUGGUUGGUUAUUUGUAAAUAUUGUCGAAUUAGAGAUUGGAAUAAACCUAUGUUCUCAUUCAUCA